AUGUUUGGCUUAUCCUUGUUGACAGUGGAGCAACGAACGAGCCGAGUACGUCAAGACGCCGACAUGCUCCAUCGAAGGCUCAAGCUAUGGCCUGAGAGGAAUCGACAAGACCUGCGAAGUUUGCUGGCCAAUUGCACAGAGCUCACACGGUGGGCCGCCGGUCAUACGUCAGAGCCGCCACCGCUGACAGGCUGCCCAUCAGAUACCUUUGUCGAUGCCUGCUGCACGCGUUCUCUUUGCAUGAAGUCAAUUAUGGGCUUCGCGCCUAAGCAGAACCGUAAGCCGUCCUUCGUUACUUCGCUGUCAGGAUGGCCUACUCGUAAGCCCGCAGGUCAUUUCGACCCACCAAAUGUCUUUGCACGAGUCAGGUGUAUGAUCGGUGCUCCGCCAUGCCAUCGCGUACCCGAAAGAGGUCUCGAGAUUCCGUGCCAAUUUGUGUCACCCGAAGACAGAGAAGUCCCCUUUUGCAGCGUCAGGGACUUCUAUACAUGA